GUACGGAUUGGGCUCGCGUCAUCCAACUUCAGUGAGCUGCCAUGCUGCAAUCGAUGACGAGAGGCCUGCAUGCUACAGUAGGUCAUCAUCCUCUUCCAGCUGUUAGCUUGUGUUGAAUUUCUCCAAGCCUCCGACUUUAGGGCGUGCAGCUGGCGUCGCUAGGAGGCAUCAAUGUUUAAGCCUUUUCGUCAUCUAUCAGAACGCGACGUUAGAUAAGCCAUGUGGAUUGCGCCUGGACUCUAUUUCCUUCGACCGUCGAAGUACAUUCCCUAGACUACUUCACCAGCGCUAACGACAGCCAUGGGUCAGCAGCAAUCUACAUCCCGCCGGCAUCCACUCACGUCGCGCCAGUUGGCGGAAUCGGGGAACAAUGUGUCCAAGGCGGUGCGGCAGCUCGUGCCGCACGGAGCAGCGACCGUCGACAUCCACCCAGACUCCCUACUUGAAAGCCCCAGAUCGUCCGCAGCCGUUGGCGCGGAUGAGCAUUUUUCCGCGAGCGGCAGGUUGGUCGGGGGGGAGAAGGCGGGCGGGGAGGAGAGCGCGCGCGGAAUGUCGGUGCUGGAGGCGGUGGAGGGGCUGUCGGAGGCGGAGCUGCUCGAGUUCCGCGACUGGAUGACCACCGCGUGGCGUAACAAUGUGCGCCAAGUGCGGCAACGAGCGCCAGGACUGGACCAGGCGGCACCGCCUGAGAGCCGUCUUCGAAGCCCUAGGGAUGCACGAGCCAUCCGCUGCGCCCGCCGCGCCGAUACCGCCUGCCCCGUCCUUGUCUUUCCCCGCGCCUCCUGCUCCACCCAGCCCUCCGCUUUCCCCCACCCACCCCGCACCGCCGCCAAUCCCCCCCGGCGCCCCCCCGCGGUCAGUAGCCGCCAGUCUCCCGCCACUGCCUCUGCCCUCCCGCCCCUUUCCCCCACGUUCGGCACGAACCUGGACGCUCGUGCGCGCUCGUUCGGCACCGCAGAGGCCCUCUCAAAGGCGUCCGCCAGCCCCUCGGGCGCACUCUCGCGCGCAGGCGAGGUGGCUUCUGCGGACCAGGCAGUGCCCGGUGGCGGGCUGGCGGGAUACGCAGGGGAGGGCGCGGGCGGGGGAGCGGGGAUGGCAGCAGCGGAGGCAGCGGAGCCGCGGACGGGGUACAAGCUGUGGGGGCGCAAGGGCAGCAGCAGCCGGAGCACAGACGCGCUCUCUCUCGCUUCCGUCUCUGCCGCUGCAGCAGCCAGCGGAGGGAGCAGUGGCGCUGCUGGCGGAUCCAGUGGGUCGGGCGGGGCGGGCAUGCGGCCGCAGCCGCUGCGCCGCACUGUGACCGCCACGGCCGCCAUGACCUCCUCGCUGCUCUCCGCCGCCGCCGCUGCCUUCGCCUCCCCCGCGCUCGAUCUCCACCCACUGCAGUCCUCCUCCGCCGGCUCCAUUCCGCUCCCCCCCCCCUCCCGCUCCCGCCCGGCAAUGACCGACCCUGCCAUGUCAGCAGACAAUGCAGCGUCUGUCCAGUCCUCCCGCUCGCCUGUUCUUGGUCCGGAGAAGCCAGGCUCGGGGCCGCUCAAAGCUACGUGGUCUGGUUCGGCAGGCGAGGCUGGGGAUGUCCGCCCGCCCUCGAGCGCCCAGCGGUUUGCGCUGGGCUUUUCCAUCCCGCGCACCCACUCCGCCUCCCGCGCCCCCGCCCCCAGCGGCCCCUCUUCCACUCCGCCUCUCCCCGCAUCCGCGUCAUCAACCCUCUCGUCCACGUCAGCAGCUGGCGGAACCGGCCUGCACAGGGGCCUGUCCGGGAGGCUGAGGGGGGCGCUGGGCGGGCUUGGGGGGCUGAGGCGCGCGCGGUCAGAUGCAGCGCAGCUGGCGGAGAUGAUGGCAGUGGGGGCGGACCUGGUCGGGGGGAACGGGGAGGGGGGCGCUGAGGGCGGAGGUUCAGGCGGGGGACUGGGGGAGAUUGAGCUGCUGGCGGCGACCAGGGAGGAGGGGGAAGGGGAAGGGGGGAAGGUUGGCGCAGAGGGCGACAAGGGGGAGAGUGGGUUAGGGGGAAGGAGGCGGAGAGGGCGGAAGAAGGGCCUGGCGCAGGUGGGGCGGAGUGUGAGUCAUCAUGCGGGGGAGCAGAGCCCGUUCGGGGGUGGGCCAGGCGAGUAUAGGGGCGAGGGGGGACGAAGUGCGCACAGCAGCAGCAGUAGCCAGCAGAGCCCGCACGGCUCUGCUGGGGCGAGUGCGGGCGGAGGGGCGUCUGGUUGCCCUGUGGCGGCGUCGGGCUGCCCCAUGGGCAUGGGGUCAGCAGGUGCGGGAGCAGCACGUGACAGCCACAGCAGCCGCUCCAUGCCACGAUCGCGCAGCUACGAGGCCGUGGGCCAAGCCGGCGCCGAGGCCGUGCGAGCGGGGGGCGGCGGCUGGGCGGGGCAGGGGGGCGAGAAGGGGGAGUGGAGCAAGGCGAGUCCGGUGAGGGGUGGUGGUGGUGGGGAGGCGGGCAGGGAGGAGGCGGAUGGAAGAGAGGCGGGCAGGGGGGCAGCGUCGAUGGAGCGCAAGAUGCUGAGCGCCAUCACCACAGCGCAGAUGCUGCUGCAGUCCGACCAGUCGGUGGGCGCGGUGAGGCUGUUCGACCACCUGCUGGCGGCGCUGCUGGACAUCACCGGCUCGCAGUUCGGCCUCAUCGGCUCCCUGCUCUUCCAGGCCAACGGCUCGCCCUACCUCAAGUCGCACGCAGCGUCCAACAUCGCGUGGACGGACGAGCUGCGGGCGUGGUACCGCGACAACUCGCACCGCGGGCUGGUGUUCACCAACACCACAAACCUGCUGGGCGCCACGCUGCUCUCCGCCGCGCCCGUCAUCUCUAACCACCCCGCCCACGACGCCCGCUCGGGCGGCGUGCCCCCGGGCCACCCCCCGCUCUCCGCCUUCCUUGGCGUCCCCCUCGCCAUCGGCUCUGAGAUGAUCGGCAUGUAUGCCUUGGCGAACCGCCUGGGCGGCUACAGCACGGCGCUGCUGCAGGCGAUGGAACCGCUGACGGCCAGCGCAGCCGUGAUGCUGCACACCGUGCAGGACAGGAAGCGCAAGCGCGAGGCGGAGCUGCGCCUGCUGUCCCUCGUUCAGGUGGCGAAGGACGGGCUGAUGACAGUGGCGCGGGACGGGCGCGUGACGUCGAUGAACCGCGCGGUGUGCGGCAUGUUCGGCAUGGACGAGCAGCACGGCCACCCGGACGCCAUGGCCGCGCUGCACGUCAAGGCCUUCAUCCACUCCAUCGAGGGCUCGCCGCACUACCUCACCCUCGGGCUGGAGUCGUUUGUGGGGCACAUGCGCAGGGCCACAGGCAUCCGGUCCGACGGGUCGCGAGUCAAGCUCCGGCUCUCCGUGCAGCCACAGCAGCCGCAGCAGCAGCAGCAGCAGCAGCAGCCAGGAGCACAGGCGAUCCAGGCAGAGCAGCAGCAGCUGCAGCUGCAGCAGCAGCAGCAGCAGCAGCAGCAGGAGUUUGUGAUUGUGGUUCGGGAACAAACAGAGUCCCGCACUGCGCCUUCCUGGGACCUUCCUCCGCCAAGCAGAGGAUCUGUAACGGGCCAGUCUUUGGCGCCUGCAGCGUCGAUGUUCCAGAUGCUCCCCCUCCCCCUCCCCCACCCCCACUCCUCCACCACCCCAUCCCUGCUUUCGCCUCGAGCACCACCAGCACCAUCAUCGUCACAGUCGCUAGCACCAUCAUCAUCACAGUCACUAGCACCAUCAUCAUCACAAUCACUCGCACCAUCGUCAUCACAAUCACUCGCACCAUCAUCAUCACAAUCACUCGCACCAUCAUCAUCACAAUCACUCGCACCAUCAUCAUCACAAUCACUCGCACCAUCGUCAUCGCCAUUGUCAGCACCACCAUCAGCACCAGCAGCAGCAGCAUUGGCAAUACGAUCACCAUCACCACCGCCACCACCACCACCGCCACCAGCUGCAGCUGCAGCAGCACUGUCAGCAGUAUUGCCAGCUUCAAGACCAGCAGCACCAGCAACUCCACCAGGCGCAGGGUUUCUGUCGCCGAUAGGAACGCCCGUGCAGUCGGGAUCCACCAGCAGCAACGUGUCGCAGGGCUCCAGCCGGGAUGGGGGAGGAGCAGGCGCGUGGGGAGGGGCGGGUGGGAUGGCGGACGUGUGGGAGAACAGGCGGCAGCGGGGAGUGGGCGAGCUGGGCAGCAGUCCUCUGGGGGGCCUGCCAGGGCAGCAGCAGCAGCAGCAGGGGUUGCAGCCGGAUUUGCCGGGGCAGUGGCCGGAGGGGCAGUUGCUGUUCCGCAAGUUUGGGGAGGAGGGCAGCAGCACGCGCGGCAGCAGCCGGCGCCGCGCCACGGGGUUGAUGCGGUUCCGGUCACUUGACAGCGCCAAGCAGUCCGCCAACUUCCACAACUAUGUCGCCUCACUCAAAAGCUGAUCUUGCCCCAACCCCAGCUCACCUGUCAUGAAGCGAAUGUGGCUCGGAAUAGGGACACUGUUGCGUGUGUUGUGUGAGUGAUUUUCAGUAGUGUGCAGUGUGCCGUGUGUGUUGAGGCGUGUCUCAUGUGCCUGAUGGCCUUUCUAGAAGGCUGCCGGUGUAGGUUUUUAGGUAGGUAUGCUAUUUUAUUUGU